UCGGCGCGGGAGCGCGCCCCGGGGAGAACCCGAGCAAGAUGGAGGCCGCGCAGAGGCCGCCGCCUGGGCCGAGGCAGCCGCUGCUGGGAGCGCCGAGCCGCGGCGCCUAGGCCGUGCCAGUCCCGGAUCCGCUGCCCCCGGCCGUGCCCAGCUCCCAGACGCCCCCAGCUCUGCCCCAGGCCCCGCCCUCGCGGGUUCCUUGACUCAGGGCCGCUUCUCGCGUGCGUCCCCAGCUCCCGCCCGGCAGCCCGGCGCUCCGUCCCGGGCCGGCGGCCCCCGCCAGCCGCCGCCGCCGCCGGCCCCGCCUCCGGGCACCAUGCUGCCCUCGCAGGAGGCCUCCAAGCUCUACCACGAGCACUACAUGCGGAACUCGCGGGCCAUCGGCGUGCUGUGGGCCAUCUUCACCAUCUGCUUCGCCAUCAUCAACGUGGUGGUCUUCAUCCAGCCCUACUGGGUGGGCGACAGCGUGAGCACCCCCAAGCCUGGCUACUUCGGCCUCUUCCACUACUGCGUGGGCAGCGGGCUGGCGGGCCGCGAGCUCACCUGCCGGGGCUCCUUCACCGACUUCAGCACCAUCCCGUCCAGCGCCUUCAAGGCGGCCGCCUUCUUCGUGCUGCUCUCCAUGGUGCUGAUCCUCGGCUGCAUCACCUGCUUUGCGCUUUUCUUCUUCUGCAACACGGCUACGGUCUACAAGAUCUGCGCCUGGAUGCAGCUCUUGGCAGCUCUGUGCCUCGUCCUGGGCUGCAUGAUCUUUCCUGACGGCUGGGAUGCCGAGACCAUCCGGGACAUGUGUGGGGCUAAGACGGGGAAGUACUCCCUGGGGGACUGUUCAGUGCGCUGGGCAUACAUCCUGGCCAUCAUCGGCAUCCUCAACGCCCUCAUCCUCUCCUUCCUCGCCUUCGUGCUGGGCAACCGGCAAACAGACCUGCUGCAGGAGGAGCUCAAGCCGGAGAACAAAGAGACGAGGUUUCCCCAUGUUGCCCAGGCUGGUCUUGAACUCCUGGCUUCAAGCAAUCCUUCCGCCUUGGCCUCCCAAAGUGCUGAGAUUACAGAUUUUGUGGGCUCUACAGUAAGCUCCGUGUUGCGGCCCGGGGGUGAUGUCUCUGGAUGGGGAGUCCUUCCCUGCCCCGUGGCUCACUCACAGGGACCCUGAAAGGCCAGGAUCACAGCCCAGUAAUUGGCCUGACCUCAGCUUGUCCUGCCUUCUGCCCUCUCAUCACUCCAUUCAAGCUCUGAGGGAAGACCCUGAUCUCAGACUUACUUCUCACCGACUACCCUGCAAGCUCCAGGCUUUGAGGAGAGGAAAGCCUGGAUGUGGCCUGGGGGAGAGGAGAGGCCCUCCAAACCUUGGGAGGGUCUAAUUCUUGCUCCUCCCUCAAUUUGACCUAAGGGAGCCUGCAUCUGCCUAGGCCCUUGGGCUUCUCCUCUCCUCUCUAGACUGGCCUGGAGGUCCCUGCAGAUCCCCAGGGAGAGCGGAGCUGUAGUUCCAGCUCCCCAGGCCCCCUCAGUCUGGAGGGCUGCCGCCUGGCUAUAUCCGCACCUCUUCUGGUCCCUGCCUCUUCAAGAAAUUUAUUCUAGAUA